CGCAUUACACGCAGCCAGGGUAUAAAUGAUGGGUGAGAGCCCUGUUGCUUCCAAGAAUGUAUUUGGGAUUGAAAGGCCGUAACUUGCAAUGGGGGGUCACCAUUGCCUCUGGUGCAGGAUUUCUGCUGUUUGGAUUUGAUCAGGGCGUGAUGUCCGGCCUGCUGACCGGUGCCGCGUUCACGCACCAAUUCCCGGCGAUUGACACGACGGCCACAGGCCACGGCAGCUCAUCGCUACAGGGAACCGUGGUGGCUAUCUACGAGAUUGGCUGUUUCUUUGGCGCACUGUUCAGCUUCGUGUUUGGAGAACGGCUCGGAAGACGCUGGAGCAUCAUAAUCGGGUGCUUGACGCUUUCUGUGGGAGCUGCAAUCCAAACCUCUGCGUACGGCGUUGCACAGCUGAUUGUGGGACGUAUAGUUGCCGGGCUGGGAAACGGCAUGAACACGGCCACGAUUCCUGUGUGGCACUCGGAAAUCUGUAAAGCCCACAACAGAGGCCGUGAGCUGUCGAUCGAGCUGGCGAUCAACAUUUUCGGAGUUAUGACGUCAUACUGGGUCGACUACGGCAUGAGUUAUGUCGACAGCGAGGCCCAGUUCCGGUUCCCGAUCUCGCUGCAGAUUGUGUUUGCUCUCUUCACGCUCGCCGGAGUGAUGUGCUUGCCCGAGUCGCCACGGUGGCUGAUUGCCCACGAUCGCCACGCAGAGGCCAAGCAGGUGAUCCAUCUAACAAUGGUUAACGCUGAGCAGAUAACCGAGGACGACCCGAGCGUUUUGCACGAGAUUGAGCUGAUCAACGAGGCACUUACCGAGGAACGCGAGUCUGCGCGUGUCGGCUUUACGGCCGUCUUCACGAACGGACCACAGCGCUUUUUCUGGCGUACCUUUUUGGGCAUGUUUUCCCAGUUCAUGCAGCAGUUGUCGGGAAUCAACCUGAUUACGUACUACUCCACGAGCAUUUUCGAGGAGUCCGUGGGCAUGGACCACAACCUGGCGCUGCUGAUGUCUGGGUUCAACGGAAUUGCGUACUUUUUCUCGUCGCUGCUCCCAAUUUGGUUGCUCGAUAGAUUUGGCCGCCGCAAGCUGAUGCUUUUUGCUGUGAUCGGACAGGGUUCGUGCAUGGCCAUUCUGGCGGGCACGGUCUCGAACGGCAACACGGCGUCCGGAAUAGUGGCCACGGUUAUGCUGUUUAUGUUCAACUUUUUCUUCGCCGUUGGUCUGCUUGCUAUUCCUUGGCUGCUCCCAGCAGAGUACGCGCCUUUGGCGAUCCGUACGAAAGCUGCGGCGCUGGGCUCUGCCAGCAACUGGAUUUUCACGUUUUUGGUUGUUGAGAUUACGCCGUCGAGCGUCUCCAACAUCGGGUACAAGACGUACAUCUACUUCUGCGUGUUCAAUUUCUGCUUUGUGCCGAUGAUUUAUUUCUUCUACCCAGAAACGAAAAACCUCCCGCUCGAGAAAAUCGACCGCAUGUUUGUGGGGGAGAAGGUCCACUUGUUCUGGAACGAUGCGCUCGAGGACGACUUUGGGCUUGUUGCCGACAAGACCACGGAGAAAGCGGAGGUCCAGAUGGUGGAGUCCGGUGUGUAAGUUUAAGCUUGGCAAUAUCUGCCGCAAUUUUUCAAGCUCGCGUAGCAUUCCCGAUUGGGAAAUUUUGAGCGCAACAAGGACCCCGGAUAAAUAGCACCGAUCUGGCCUGCUGGAAUGCCAAUGACGACUGACAACUCUCAGACACACCAGCUCGUGCUUAGCAGUUUCCGCUGCCUCAUUGCAGACCUCGUCCAGCACUACGGGGGCGGCCAUCCCGGCGGCGCCAUGGGCAUGGCCGCUAUGGGAGUGGCCUUGUGGAAAUACGCCAUGAACUACUCUCCAAGCAACCCAGAUUUCUUCAAUAGAGACCGUUUCGUGCUCUCCAACGGCCACACAUGCUUGUUCCAAUACGUGUUCCUGCACCUGUCGGGCUACAAGCACAUGACCAUGGAGCAGCUGAAAACGUACCACUCGGACCGCCCAGACUCAUACUGUCCGGGCCAUCCUGAGAUUGAGCACCCUGGAGUUGAGGUCACAACUGGCCCGCUUGGCCAGGGCAUUGCCAACGCUGUCGGGCUCUCCAUUGCGUCGAAGAAUCUCGCCGCUUUGUACAACAGGCCGGGCUACGACGUGGUGGAUAACUCCAUCUUCUGUAUUGUCGGUGAUGCGUGCCUGCAGGAAGGCGUUGGGCUGGAGGCCAUUUCGCUCGCAGGCCAUCUUGGUCUCGGCAACUUGAUCGUGCUCUACGACAAUAAUCAGGUCACGUGCGACGGCAGCGCCGACGUGGCCAACACGGAGGACGUGGCGGCCAAAUUUCGGGCGUGCCAGUGGGCAGUGCUCGACGUGGCCAACGGCUCUGAGGACGUCGAGGCCAUUGUGGGGGCCAUUGACCGUGCCAAGCAGAUCACCGAUCGGCCUGUGUUGAUCAACGUCCACACCGUUAUCGGCUACGGAGCGCUCAACCAGGGCGAGGCAUCAGCCCACGGCGCAGCGCUCGGAGACGACAAUGUGAGACAGCUCAAGCUAAAGAACGGCCUGGACCCAGACCUGCGCUUCCAUGUGCCGCAAGAGGUGUACGAGUUCUUCAGCGACUGCGUUCCGCGCGGCCAGCACAGCGAGCGGCUGUGGGAGGAGAAGGUGGCCAAGUACACAGAACAGUAUCCUGAGCUGGCAGCUGAGUUUGCGCGCCGCGUGGCGGGCAAGCUGCCUGCCGACUGGAAAAAACACAUUCCAACAGAAUUUCCUUCCGGCCCAACACCAACCAGGAAGAGCAGCGGUCUCGUUUUUGCGCCGCUCGCCAAAGCCAUCGACUCCAUUAUUGCCGGCACGGCCGAUUUGACGCCGUCUGUGCACGUGAGUUGGCCUGGCGCGCGCGACUUCCAAAAACCCCAGCUGCAGACCAAGUGCGGUUUGGGCGGCGACUAUUCGGGCCGCUACAUCCACUACGGUAUCCGUGAGCACGCGAUGGCAGCAAUUGCCAACGGAAUUGCCGCCUACAACAGAGGCACGUUUGUUCCCGUCACGUCCACGUUCCUGAUGUUCUACCUGUAUGCUGCUCCCGCCGUGCGGAUGGGCGCUCUACAGGAGCUACAGACAAUCCAUGUCGCCACACACGACUCGAUCGGUACGGGCGAGGACGGACCAACUCACCAGCCAAUCGCGCUGCCGGCCUUUUACCGUGCGCUGCCUAACUCGUUAUUUUUGCGGCCGGCAGAUUCUGAAGAGACGGCCGGUGCUUGGGAAGCCGCCAUGGACUUCAAACACGGACCGAGCCUCAUCUCACUGUCACGUCAGGCUCUGCCGCAGCUGGGCGUUACUGCACGUGACAAGGUUGCCCUGGGGGCCUACGUGGUGAAGCCGGAGGCCGAGCCACAGCUGCAGCUACUGGCAACGGGCUCCGACCUGCAAUUGGCACUGAAAGCGGCCGAGGAGUUGGCCAGACGCGGUAUUCGGACCAGAGUCGUCAGCUUCCCGUGCACACAACUGUUUGAGCAGCAGAGCACUGAAUACAAGCAGAGCGUGCUGCUGCGCGGCAAGAUUCCGUCCGUGGCAGUGGAAAGCUACGCUGUGAACGGCUGGGAGCGGUAUGCGACGGCGGGCUACAGCAUGCGCACGUUUGGCAAGUCACUGCCCGGCCAUGCUGCGUACGAGUACUUUGGGUUCUCGCCACACCGCGUGGCAGACCGGGUGGAGAAGUACUUCCGUUCGGCAACACCAGAAAAAUUAUGGUAUUUUGAGGAUUUGAACUAAAUAGCUGAAAGUAAUUGGUGCUAGUUACUCCAAUGUUCUUGUAGGUCGCGGAUGCGCCAGCUGGUAGACCAGCCAGUGGUAUUUUCAAUGUCGCGCAGCAGCUGGACGAUGAUGUGCUGCUCCUCCUUGCUGCUCAUGAGCUUGCCCGCCACCCAGAGUGGUUGCAGCGCGUUGUUGAGACAGCCGUGGUCCGAGUUGGACAGACUGAUGCCGACAACGCACUUGGCGUGCCAGAUGAGGCUCUUGCGCAUGACGGGGUCCACGGCGAGCGUGGGCAGCGGACGCACAAUGCGCGUUUUGUACUUCAUAAGCAAAAUCAUGGCGGUGUGGAACAUCUGCGUGCCCGAGAUGGCCGGGGCCACGCAGAACAGGAUGCUCGGGAACGGCGUGCCGUCCUUAAACACGCUCACGACAGGAUGCAUCUCAGAAGGGCGGUCCUGCCACCAGCGAUCGAGCUCCGUGUACAGCUCGAUCCACUCGGACUCGAACUCGUCCUGCUUGAGGUUGCCCGAGUAAACGAGCCGACAAACGCGGGCAAGCAAGAAGACCAUGUAGUUGGCGUACAUGUCGCGCGACUCGUUGCCGUCGAACUUGGAGUCCAGAAACAGCGCGCGCGCGUGCUGCACCGUGCAGUUGCGCGGCAGCCAGUUCUCGCACGGGAUCAGCGUCGCGGUCUUGUGCGAGAUGGCAUGCAUCACGUCCAUGCGAAUAAAACACCAGAACACCGCCUGCCGCAGCCCCCCGGAAAAUCCGUGCAAGUCUGCCACUCUGAACAGCGCGGCGCAGCCUUUUAGAUGCUUCGUCCACGUUUCGCUCGGAUCCGACGACAUCAUCUCGAAGCAGCACAGUAUCACGCACGAGGCCAUCACGCUGGUGUCGGGCACUUUUUUCACUUUCGGAAUUAGGUAUGUGAGCGACCGCUCGUACAGCCGGUACGUGGUUUCCGAGACCGGCCUGUCGUGCUGGAGCUUGUCGCGCUGACGGCUGGAAAUAGUCAGAAUCGCACACAUAAGCGGGUCGUCCUUGGCCGUUUUCGAGAGCAGCGCGGUGAAACAGCUCCUGUGGUCGAACAUGUCGAGCCAGGGACCGAUGUCGUUGACGUAGCGCGUCAGCAGCAGCAGGUUCUCCUCCGGCGAAAGGAUAUCGUGGUCAGCGGGGCCAUGGCCGAACUCCAGCCCAUCGUGAAACGCGUUGAUUCCCUUUGUGAGGUUGAGCAGCUGGUCGUCGAGAGACAGGUCGUUUUCAAAGAUGUUGCCCGACAAAAUGGCCGGCGUGGACGGGCUCGUGGUCAUGGCGUUGAGAAACAUGUAGUCGCGCAAGGUCUCGCGCAGGUUCGCGUAGUCAGGGCUCACGCCCGACACGUCGUUGCGUUCAAACGCCCAGGGCCGAUCCCGCACGCUCUCGUCCGAUGAGGGCGUGAUGGGCACCGCGACCGGCUUCACCUCGUUCAACAGCGACUUGAGGUCGCAGAAGCUGCUGCUGGCCGCCGGCUUGGCUACCGGCUUGGCGGCCUCGAUCGGCUGGAGGUCUGGAGUGGCAGGCACCUUUGUCGGCCGCUCGUCGCCAGGGACCAUCAGAUGGAAGGUGCUUGCGCGCGACGGCCAUACGCACUCAAAGCGGCGGCGCGUGCAGAAGCCGCACACAGGCUUCGCCUCGUCGCAUUUUUUAUGUUUGCGGCGGCACGUCAGACAGCCCGUCUUGACGCGGCGCCGGGGCUCUGGCGGGAGAAGAGGAUCUUUGGGGAACAUAACCAAAUAGUAGAAAAAAUAAUUAUGUACCCCGACUUUUUUUCAUGCACGGGGGAACUGGCUGACUCCGCACACCCGUACACAGGAAGACGGAGACAGCAGCAACGCCGACGUGGUGUUGCUCCAUUGCUAUACAGGCACGGGGUCCAUUUUCGGGAAAAUACGAGCCGCCUGGAAGAAGAUGCGCGCGGCAGCGGCGGAGGCCAUGAGGCUCUUGCACACAGGCCGUUUUCUGACGUCUCCGCCAGUCUGCACGCGGUCGUCCUCAUUGGGCUGGAACGUCUUGUGUCCGCCAAAUUCCGAGCGAUACCGCUCGUACGUGCGGUCGUCCAGCCGGUAGAUGUCGAACGAGCAGAAAUACAGCCCGUCGCUCGGGUCGUACAUGUAUUUUCUGAAGUACGACACAUGGCGCAGAAUCUCGUUCUCGCAGCAGCGGCGCGUGCUUUCCGGGGCGUCCUUCCCAAAGGUCACCAGGUAGUCGACAAGGCCCUCGACAAGCAGCUGGAUGAAGUAGGAAGGCCCGUGCCAGAACCGUUUGUUCCAGUCGUCGUAGUCUCUGUCGAACAGCGUGCGGCCACGGUCGGUGGCGGCCUCCGCGAGUUUGCGGGCCUUGUCCACCCAUUGCGGGUCUCUAUCGUACUGGUACAGCAUGCAGAUCGCCGAGAGCGUGUUGCCCGUGUUGUAAGACCACUUUGUUUUGUCGAUCACGUCCGAGUCGUACGCCACGCCGUCCAUCACGACAUUGUCCGACUUGUCCCAGAGGAUCUGCUCAAUGAAGUUGAUGCACAGCUUCGCAAAGUCGUACAGCUGUUUCUGCUCCUCUGGCGAUGAGUAUUUGAUCAUGCGCAUGGCGCCCGUCGCAGCCACGCAGUUCGAGAUGGUGGCCAUGUACUUGCGCGAGAUGUGCCACUUCAGCCCCGGCACGUGAAACUUCUGGUGCUCGACCACGCCGGUCAUCAGAAACCGCACCAGCUCGCGUGAUAGGUCCAGAUACUCCUGGUUGCCCGUGGCCUCGUACAGAGCAAUCAUGCCACGCAGCAGGUGGGCGCAGUCGUCGUAGUUGAUAUCGUCGUCUCCCGAGUUUUGUGCACCGUGGUACAUCACCGAGUACGCGCCGUACUUGGGGUUGCGGAAGCACGUCAACGCAGACACCGUGGGCGCGACGAUCGGCAGCGUCAGAUCCUUGUACGCAGCGCAGCACUCCGCCACGGCGUGGAGCACGACGCCCAUGGUCCAGCACGUGAACCGGCCCUCGCGCGACUCUUUGCAUGGCACGCGGGUCGAGAAGUUGCCGAUGCUGGGGUUCCAGUACGUUUGCCAGAACGUUUUGAC